AUAAAUGUGACAGCGACAUCAAAGAUCUACUUUAUCUCAAGAAAAAGAACCAUAAAAUUUCUACCUUCUUUGUGACAUUCCGAGAGCUUGUGUUUAUUGCUGAUAGUUGAGAAUUGAGAUCUGACGUUCCGUUUUCGUCCAACGUGGCGUCUUUGACUCGGUCUGAAUUUUUUGAACAGAUUAUCAUAUAAUCAAACGGAUCGGACAAAUUUUGUGUGUGUGUUUUCUUUUUCUUUUCCCUUUGUUGAGUUUGGAUAUAUUAUGUUCGUCAACUCUUGAGGUGUGAAAUGGGAGAAUUAUGAGUAAAAUGCCAAAUUACAACUUGCAAGUUGCGGCUCAUUGCUCCACCGGCUAACUAGACGAGCACAUGGCCCCAAAUCCAAAGCAAUCCUUUUGACUUUUGUAUUAAACUUUCAAAGUUGAAACUCAACUACCCACAUACGCAUAGCAUCACUUCUUCUUUGAAAUGAAAUUUUGAACCCAUAGAUCUACCUAACAAAAUCGGACAUGGAUAUGAACUUAAUGGGAUGGGUAGUUGUUCCCACUCCCCACUAAAUUAGAUUGUUCGAGCUUCGAGAGCCUCCGAAUCGGAAGGAAAGACAGAAAAGGAAGGAUGAAGACUGGAUCGCGACUUGUUUCGGAAUAUGGGUUCUUGAUUUUGAUGAGCGCUCUUGUGUUACUGUUAGUGGAGAUGCCGACAGAGGCAGACCCCAGAUCCCGAACGGUGAAGAUACUUUGUUCGACCGUGUUAGAGCAUAAUACUACGGCUUUUGUGCCCAAUUUCGUGGCCACAAUGCAGAGAAUUAGUGACCAAAUGCGAAAUGAUGGGUUUGGAGUAGCACUUGUGGGGAAAGGGCCGGACGCCAACUAUGGGCUCGCUCAGUGCUAUGGAGAUUUGUCGCUGAUGGAUUGCGUGUUAUGUUACGCGGAGGCCCGUACCGUGCUCCCCCAAUGCUUCCCUUACAACGGUGGCCGAAUUUUCCUGGAUGGCUGCUUCAUGAGGGCCGAAAACUACAGCUUUUAUGAGGAAUUUGAGGGUCCUCAGGACAGGGCUGUGUGCGGAAACAGCUCCACGGGUAACUCCAUUUUCGAGCAGUCGGCCAGGCAGGCUGUGGCCCGAGCAGUUGAUGUCGCACCCAACAACAGAGGGUACGCCAGAGUUGAAGUGGCUCCGCCUGGAACCACCAAUGCAUCGGUUUACCUGUUGGCUCAGUGCUGGAGGAAUUUGAAUAGCAGCUCCUGCGCUUCCUGUUUGCGUAAGGCCUCUGCUUCAAUCUUGAAAUGCUUGCCUCAAUCCGAAGCACGAGCCUUGAACACUGGUUGCUUCAUGAGAUACUCUAACAUUGACUUUCUAAAUGCGGAGGCUGAGGCCGAGGCUGCAAGGUCAAGAGGUUUCGUUACAGCAAUUGUAGUCUCACUGGUAAGCUCUGUUGCUGUUUUGCUCGUUGGAGUGGGGAUCGGAGUCUAUAUCUGGAAAAACAGAUACAUAAAGAAGAAACGAAAAGGUUCAAAUGAUGCAAACAAGAUGGUGAAAACGCUAAACAAUAGUAGCUUGAACUUCAAAUACUCUACCCUUGAAAAGGCAACAGGGUCCUUCGCUGAGGCUAACAAGCUUGGACAGGGAGGAUUUGGCACAGUUUAUAAGGGAGUUCUGUCGGACGGAAGAGAGAUAGCUGUGAAGAGGCUUUUCUUCAAUAACAAACAUAGAGCAGCAGACUUCUACAAUGAAGUGAACAUAAUUAGCAGUGUGGAGCACAAAAAUUUAGUAAGGUUGCUUGGUUGUAGUUGCUCUGGGCCUGAAAGUCUGCUCGUCUAUGAGUUCCUUCCCAACAAGAGUCUCGACCGCUUCAUUUUUGAUCGUGAAAAGGGUAAAUCACUGAAUUGGGAGAAGAGAUUUGAUAUAAUCGUGGGAACAGUUGAAGGCCUGGCUUACCUGCAUGAAAACUCGAAAACCAAGAUCAUUCACAGAGACAUCAAGGCUAGUAACAUCCUGCUAGAUUCCAAACUACGAGCUAAAAUUGCUGAUUUUGGAUUGGCUAGAUCCUUCGAAGAGGAUGAGAGUCACAUCAGCACUGCCAUUGCCGGGACCUUGGGAUACAUGGCGCCAGAGUACUUGGCUCACGGCCAGCUAACAGACAAGGCGGAUGUGUACAGUUUUGGAGUUGUUUUACUGGAGACCAUCACAGGGAUGCAAAACAGUAGGAGCAAAACCUCGGACUACUUGGAAAGCAUAGUGAUAAUUGCAUGGAAGCAUUUUCAAUGUGGAACAUUGGAGAGGAUAUACGAUCCGAACCUUGUGGCGGAGGUGGAGGAAGACGGUAGCGUAGUAAAAGUGAAAGAGGAGAUAGGGAGAGUGGUGCAGAUAGGGCUUCUGUGCACACAGGAGAUUGCAUCUCUGCGGCCCACCAUGCGUAGGGUACUGCAGAUGCUGACGAGGAAGGAAGAGCAACUUCCAGCGCCCACCAAUCCGCCCUUCAUGGACGAGAGGACAAUGGAACUCAACGACACCACCGACGGCGACGACCCAUCAUACCUCAACGUCACGGAAGCUUCUUCCUCAGCUGCCACUCUCACCCACAGUUCAUUCCAUCCCAGGUAAUCCUAAUCCUAAUCCUCUUCCUCUUUGACAAACUGGAAAUGAAAGCGGCUGUACAAGUAUAAGAUUAGGGUGUGGGUUCACCUCAUCAACAAUUUUGUAGAUAUGGUGAAGGAGAAGCUACUCUUCGCACCGCAAACAUUGUGCCAACCAGCUCUGUUCUGUACAAUAAUAUAAAGUGCUUAUUACAAUAAA